AUGGGUUGCGGUAUGAGUACAGAGGAGAAGGAGGGGAAGCAGAGAAAUGAAGAGAUUGAGAAUCAGCUGAAGAGGGAUAAGAUGUUGCAACGUAACGAGAUCAAGAUGCUCUUGCUCGGUGCCGGAGAGUCUGGAAAAUCGACAAUCAUUAAACAAAUGAAGCUCAUCCACGAAGGGGGUUACUCCCGCGACGAAAGGGAAUCGUUCAAGGAAAUCAUUUUCAGCAAUACAGUGCAGUCGAUGCGAGUUAUUCUCGAAGCGAUGGAAUCGCUUGAGCUUCCAUUAGAUGAUCAGAGAGCAGAGUAUCACGUCCAGACAAUUUUUAUGCAGCCGGCACAAAUCGAGGGCGACAAUCUUCCACCAGAGGUUGGAACUGCCAUCGCAGCCUUAUGGAAAGACCAAGGUGUUUUGGACUGUUUCAAGCGCUCAAGAGAGUAUCAGUUGAAUGACUCUGCCAGAUAUUACUUCGAUAACAUCGAUCGAAUCGCCCAGCACGAUUAUAUGCCAGACGACCAGGAUGUCCUCCGCUCGCGUGUCAAGACCACUGGUAUUACGGAGACCACAUUCAUUAUUGGCGACCUUACAUACCGUAUGUUCGAUGUGGGAGGACAACGUUCAGAACGUAAGAAGUGGAUUCACUGCUUCGAGAACGUCACUACUAUCCUUUUCUUGGUCGCCAUUUCCGAGUACGACCAACUUCUCUUCGAAGACGAGACCGUCAACCGUAUGCAAGAGGCGUUGACCCUUUUCGAUUCGAUUUGCAAUUCUAGAUGGUUUAUUAAGACCUCAAUUAUCUUGUUCUUGAACAAGAUCGAUAGAUUCAAGGAGAAGCUCCCAGUCAGCCCCAUGAAGAACUACUUCCCUGAUUAUGAGGGUGGAGAAGAUUACCAGGCUGCUUGCGACUACAUCUUGAACCGAUUCGUCAGCUUGAACCAGCACGAGACGAAACAAAUUUACACCCAUUUUACUUGCGCCACCGAUACCACCCAAAUUAGAUUCGUCAUGGCGGCUGUGAAUGACAUUAUCAUCCAAGAGAACCUUCGUCUUUGCGGUCUGAUAUAG